UAGACGUACACAAACAAAUCAGCCAGUCUCUCAGUUGUCUGAUCCGUCUGAUCUGCGCAUGUAGUAGAAGCCUGAAUUCGUUGGGCAAGUUGCCAUGUCGUUGUUGCAGAUACUCUGGAUUCGAGUAUUUUUGCUAUUACUUGGUAGAACGUUGUGGUGUUUUGCUGAGAUUACCUACAUUGAAGUCCGUCUGCCUCUUCCGGGAGAGCGAGCCGUCCCUGGAAGUCCAUGGCCGGCACCGCAGAAUUGGAACACGUCCAACCGUCAGCUCAUUCUGGAUCCGGAUACGUUCUACGUCACGUCCAACGCAGACACGUGUGACGUCAUUGCCAAGGCCAUGGGACGAUACAGGAACAUAAUUUUCCUUAAUUCGAAGCCAAUAUGCAAAGAGGAUGUAAGAUCUCCCCUUCCAGGACUUCACGUUGUAGUGGACAGGUUUAAAGACGAACACUUUGUUUGUAUCUGUCCCCUCUAUGUUGUUCCAGCCUCAGAACAUCAGUUUAUCUCUUGUAUCUACUGCCAAUACCCACGUCACGGGCAAAAUGAAACGUACACUCUUGAAGUUCCCGACGAAGGAGAGGCGGUGUUGAAGUCUCAGACAGUUUGGGGAGCCUUGAGAGGGCUCGAGACAUUCAGCCAGCUAGUGUACGAGGAAGAUAAGACGGGGAAGUUGUUGAUAAACGCGACUGAAAUAGAAGACUUCCCACGAUUCGGUUUUCGCGGUAUUCUCGUGGACAGCGCCAGACACUUUCUGCCCGUUGAUGUGAUCAAGCAAAACCUGGACGCCAUGGCUUACAACAAAUUCAAUGUCUUACACUGGCACAUCGUGGACGAUCAGUCCUGGCCUCUGGAACUACGCACUUUUCCCAACUUAACCGAGAGCGCAUUCUCUCGGCGAUACGUGUACAGCAAGGCGGACGUGCAAGACAUCGUGGAAUACGCGAGGCUCCGCGGAAUACGCGUAAUUCCGGAGAUCGACACCCCAGGGCACACGCAAGCGCUCGGAAAAAUAUUCCCCGAUCUGCUAACACCGUGCUACGGUAACGGAACACGAGGAACCCCCAACUACCCGAAGCACGCUGCGUUUGAAAUGCUGGAUCCGACGAAGAACAUCACGUACGACGUCGUAAACGAGAUUUUGAAGGAAGUUGCUGAUACAUUCAAAGACGAGUACCUUCAUCUUGGCAUGGAUGAAGUAAGCUACGACUGCUGGAAGUCCAGUCCAGAGAUCAAAGAAUUCAUGGAGCAGCAUUGCAUGUCUGAUGUGAAUGAAGUUGAGCAGUACUACAUCAGGCGCACUUUCGAGAAGCUCGAAGGGUCUGGUUCGAAGCUCAUGAUCUGGCAAGAUCCGAUAGACAACGAUGUCCAGGUGCCAGAAGGAACACUUGUCGGCGUCUGGAAGAACUCUUCCCUGUGCGCGGAAGUGAACAAUUGGCGUGAACAUGUCUCUCGCACAGUUCGGAAAGGUUACCAGGUGGUGCUGUCGGCUUGCUGGUACCUCAACUACAUCAGCUACGGAGAAGACUGGAAGAGGUACUACCAGUGUGACCCCACUAGUUUCGAGGGUACACAGCGGGAGAAAGAUUUGGUGGUUGGGGGUGAAGCCACCGUGUGGGGAGAAUACAUUGACGGCAACAACUUAAUUCCUACAUUGUGGCCAAGAGCAUGCGCGGUGGCAGAACGUCUCUGGAGCAGUGUUUCCUUUAACAAUACGGACGACGCCAGUUUUAGGCUCGAUCAACAGAGAUGCCGCAUGGUUAGACGUGGUAUUUCGGCUCAACCAAUCCUCAACGGCUUCUGUUCCGAUUAGGAAGCAAGAGUGUGUCGUGUGCAUAUUGCAGAAAUCAUCUGCCGCUUUUAAUGGACUUGCCACUGCAAAACUAACUUUGCAGAUUUGAUCGACUUAUCAAAGUAAUCAACAUUAACUGUGCAAUAAAUGUAUACAUGUGUGCGUGUGAA